CUCCAUUUAGUAAAGGCAGUUUGGCGCGUCUUGUCUUGACUUCAGCGCGUCUUACACAAUACCGUUAAAAUAUAUCAGAACAUAAAGUCGAAAGGAUAAUAAAAAAAGGAUUCAUCUAGCGAACCGUUGUGGUGGAAUAUAUUAUUAUUUAAUUUUGUGAACGAAACAGUAUUUGUGUGUGUGUGUGAAAUGGAUAUUUUUCCCAAUAUGAACGAGGUGGAUUACAGCUGCACCUCAAACGAGAUGGACGAGUGGUUUGGGUUGGGCACGCCCAUGUUCAUAUUUGCGGUUUUGAUGGCAUAUUUGCUGUUAAUUUAUAAAAUAUUACCGAAUUAUAUGGAGAAUCGUGAGCCGUACCAGUUAAAGACCUACAUUAUAGUCUACAAUGCAAUGCAAAUGCUCUCUUGUAUCUAUAUAAUCACUGGGAUUUUCCGUAUAGCCUCAACAAGCGUUUUUCAUUUCUGGGAUUGCCUUUUAUUAGAUCCGAACUCAUAUUCGGAAUAUCUGUUUAAUCGCGUCACAUACUUUACAUUCUGGCUAAAGAUUAGUGAGCUGUCGGAAACUAUUGUAUUCGUAUUACGUAAAAAACAGAAUCAGGUGUCGUAUCUGCAUGUAUUCCAUCACUGCUCAACUGUUACAUUGAUAUAUCUCCUGUGUACGGAUUAUAGAGGUACCUCACCUUUGUAUCCGAUUUUGCUCAAUUCGACUGUGCAUGUGAUUAUGUAUGGCUACUACUUGGCCUCAGCUGUGUGCGAUGCGGAAACUAUAAAGCGUUUAACACCAAUCAAGAAAUCGAUUACCACUAUUCAAAUGAUACAAUUUGUGCUGAUUCUUAUCCAAGCGGGAUUCUUGAUGUUUCGUUGCGAAAUAUCCAAGUUGGUUACAACUUACUAUUCUAUCGUUGUAGUUGUUAUAUUCUAUGGAUUUUAUGAUUUCUAUAAUAAGGCUUACAAAGCUGCUAAUAAUAGUAGAAUUAGUAAUAAGAGCAGCUAAUGCUAGUUGUAUUUGUUAUAAUAAAUUUAAUUUUUAUAGUUUUAUGUAAGCUGCUUAUAACUAAAUGGUCUUGAAAAUUGUUUAGACAAAAAUACGUACUCAUAUAAGAAGUUUUGUUUUAGUCAGUUUUGGUAAUAAUACCCUUCGAAAAUAAA